AUAAAACUUAAAAAUUCAGUGACAAAUAUGUUCUUAGACUAAGCGAGAAAAUUUGUUGUAGUGUUACAUCCCCCGAAAAAAAAAACUAUCGUUGACAAGAUGCGUAUUAAAAUGCCAGCAGUUCGGAUAGCACAAGCGGAUGCCGAUGGUCCCGACAAUGGUGAUCCUAAUUUACAAGAUAUUCUCACAUGCGGCGUAUGUCAAAAACCAUUUGCCUUAUCGGAUAUCGUACGAUUUAUCCAACAUAAGGUAGUUAGCUGUAACAAAGAGAAUUAUGUCCAAGGCGGUGGUUUCCACCAAGGUGGAGCACCUGAACGUGAUCGUGACUUGGAUGAUGGAAGUUUACCUUUAUCUGUCGUCAAUUCACGACGACCUAGUAUAUCAGCACCAAUAUCGGGUCAUAAAAAGUCACAAUCCACAUCUUCGAGUACUAGUAGUACGGGUAGUAAUGCAACACGCGCGUUACAUACGCCACCACCAGCAUCUCCACGGCUACCAGCUCCUGGAGAAUUCUGUGCGGAUGGUGCAACAUCUUCAACCCCGAAACGACGUCAAUCAUCAUCACCAUUAACGUCUAGUAUGGAAGAUGCGGAUGAUAUUAAAGCGAAUAUUAAACAAGAACGAAUGGAUAUACCUAGUUCCGAUGAUUCAAGUCCGGCCAGUAAAAAAUCACGAACUGAGGUGGCCGAUGCUGAAUCAAAUACAACGCAUAGUGAGCCAAGCAACUAUGUUUGUUCAACGUGUAAAGCCCGUAUGCAUUCUGCAUGGCGUUUGGUGCAGCAUGUUCAGCAUACACAUGGCGUAAAAAUUUAUGUGGAAAGUUCAAGUAAUGGUGCUAAUAGUUUAGCGGUAUCACAAAACAGUAAUAAUCCAAAUGGAAGUAGUUCAAGCAGUGGAAAACAAUCGAAUCACAAUAACAAUAAUAACAAUCAUAGUGGAAGUAGCACUUGUAGCAGCACGUCAUCGUCAGGUUGUUCAGCCUCAAGUGGAGGUCCACAACAAGCUCCUCCACCAAAUUUACGACAUCAUUUAUUACCACCUCCCGAUUUACACAAUCCAUUCGGUGUAGGUGGCUUACUUCGAUUACCAUUACCUGGAAACUUACCACCAUUAGGCCAUGGUCCUAUUCCGCCAGCACCAUUAUUUGCCCGUCCAAAUGCUGCUGAUCCAUUUAGAAUGGAACAACUUGUAUCUGAACAAUUUCGUCAUCAUGGAUUAAAUUUGGCUGCAGCUGCAGCGGCAGUAGCUGCAAGUGCAGGUGUACCACCACCGCAUCCAAAUUUUCCCUCACCGGCCGACCGACCGCCUCAGAUACCGGUAACCGCACCAAACAGAGACAGACCACCCGCUCAACAGAAUCACCAACCCCUUACUUUGGAACCUCAGUUGGAUUUUUACUCGCAGCGGUUGCGGCAGCUCGCGGGAACUACCAGUCCCGGGGCAGCCGCGACCAGUUCCCCUUCCCCCCGUAAACAUUCACCACCAUUCGCUAGUCCAUCACCGUCCCAAUUACCGCCUACCCCCUUAACUAAUAGUAAUAGUAAUCAUAAUAACAAUAAUAAUUCGAGUAGUCAUAGUGGGGGUAGUCGUCCGAAUAGUUUAUCCCCACCUGCCAGCAAAGAUGAAAUGACUGCAACGGCAAUUACUACAACACCACGAUCAACAUCAACACCCCCAACAAAACCAUCAUCACCAAGAAAUUCCAUAUCAAAUGAUAAUCAACAAAUUCAUGCUUGUGAUUUUUGUGGUAAAAAGUUUAGAUUCCAAAGUAAUUUGGAAGUACAUAGGCGAACACAUACCGGUGAACGACCCUAUAAAUGUACAGUCUGUGAUCAUGCAUGUUCGCAAAGUUCGAAAUUAAAACGACAUAUGAAAUUACAUCGAACACCGGAAGAUCGAACCAGUAAUGCUGGUUCAGUUGAAACAUUGGAUGGUGAGGAUAGUGAGGAUGAUGAAGAAUUAGAGGAAGAAGAAGAAGAAGAAGAAAUUGAGGCCGAAGAAGAAGAAGCUGAAGAUCUCACAGUACCAAGUCAAGGUACGCAACCAAAAUUACCUCCAACAUCAUCAGCGUCGCUUGUUGGUGAGCUGAUGGAUAAAUUUGGUUUGAGUAACAUUGCGCAAUAUAAUGAAGCUUAUAAACAAGCAUUGCAAGAAUCUGGCUCGGCUUUAAAAAUGCAAUUGGCUGGAAAAGAUCGUGAUAAUAACAAUACAACAAAUUUGCCAAAUCCAAUGUUCCGAUUACGUGAAGAUUUCACAAAAGGCUUAUUGCCUACACCACCUCAACCGUUGCCAUUAUUUGCACCAUUUGAAAAUGCAUUUGAAGCAACCAAACGACUUAAAUUGGACUUAGAACGUGGUGAUUGGUGGUUGCCUGGUAUGAAACGGGAUGGUAUGGGUGGUGGUCCUCCAGGUCCUAGUUCCCUAUUGCCUGGACCAUUAAUUAAAAAAGAAUCACGCCGUAAUGAUACAUGUGAAUUUUGUGGUAAAGUGUUUAAAAACUGUUCUAAUUUAACUGUGCAUCGUCGAUCACACACUGGCGAAAAACCAUACAAAUGUGAGCUUUGUUCAUACGCAUGUGCACAAAGUUCAAAACUUACACGACACAUGAAAACGCAUGGACGUUUAGGUAAAGAUGUAUAUCGAUGUCGUUUUUGUGAGAUGCCAUUUUCAGUUCCUUCCACAUUGGAGAAACAUAUGCGAAAAUGUGUGGUAAAUCAGGGUAAAAGUCAUUUAUUACCACCAUUGCCAAUGAUGAGCAGUGGCGAUGAAAAUUCUUCAUCGAGUAACAUCGCACCAAAAGUUGAAGCCACCACAUGACUUUUUCCCUGGGGUGGAUUUCGUCUACCCCCACCCCCGCCAAGUCUCACAUACUAGUCAACAAAUUUAUAAAGAAAAAUAGGGGUAUCAACAAAUUUCCUUAGAAAAUUUUUUAAAAAGACUUUCCAGUGAAAGACAUAAAAGUACUUAAAAACAAUAUUUUUCGU